AUGAAGCCUUUCUUCUCUGUGAAUCGCCAUUGGAGCUCUGUUCCCUCCCUUAACUAUGUCAAACCAACUCAAACUUAUCCACAAACCAAGGAAUCGAAAAUUCUCGAAUGCUGCAAAUCGGGAGCUCUCUUUCCCGCGCUCGACCUUCUUAAUGCCAUUGAUUGGAGAGCCUUCUCUAAUAAACCUCUACUAUUUGCUUCUCUUUUGCAAACCAGUACCAAAGCUCUGUCAUUUCGCUCUGGAGUUCAGAUUCAUGCCCAUGUCGUGAAGUCCGGCCUCGAGACCGAUAGAUUUGUGGGGAACAGCUUGCUCGCGCUUUACUUCAAGCUGGGUUCUGAUUUCGUCGAGACUAGGAGAGUUUUCGACGGGCUCCAUUUCAAAGACGUGAUUUCCUGGACUUCCAUGUUGACUGGCUAUGUCAAGUUGGAGAAACCCACAAGUUCGAUCGAGUUGUUCUUGGAAAUGUUGGAUUGUGGCGUUGAGCCAAAUGCCUUCACUUUAUCUGCUGUGAUAAAAGCGUGUGCGGAUCUUGGCGACCCGAGACUGGGCAGAUGCUUUCAUGGGAUUGUAUUUGUUCGCGGGUUCGACCCCAAUCAUGUAAUUUCCAGCGCGUUGAUUGAUAUGUAUGGAAGGAAUUCGGGUCUCGAUGAUGCACGCCAACUGUUCGACGAGUUGCCCCAACCAGAUGCUAUUUGUUGGACGUCGGUGAUGUCAGCUUUCACAAGGAACGAUAUGUACAGUGAAGCUUUAGGGUUUUUUUAUUCGAUGCGAAGGAAGCAUGGGUUCUCCUCAGAUGUCUUCACUUUCGGCACGGUUUUAACUGCUUGCGGCAACUUGGGGAGGGUCAAGCAAGGCAAAGAAGUUCAUGCUAAGGUCAUUACUUCCGGAGUAGGUGGAAAUGUUGUAGUCGAAAGCAGCCUUGUUGACAUGUACGGGAAAUGUGGGCUGCUUGAUGAAGCUCACUGCGUCUUCGAUAAAAUGGGCGUAAAGAACUUUGUUUCCUGGUCAGCAUUGCUUGGUGGGUACUGUCAAAACGGCGAUCUGAAAUCAGUCAUCAGAAUAUUUAGAGAUAUGGGUCAGGACGAUCUUUACAGCUUUGGUACCGUGCUUCGAGCUUGUGCUGGCUUGGCAGCCAUCAGGCAAGGUAAAGAAGUUCAUUGCCAGUAUGUGAGGAGAGGUGGGUGGCGCGAUGUCAUUGUGGAGUCGGCUUUAGUCGACCUCUAUGCAAAAUGUGGCUCUGUCGAUUUCGCUUACAGGGUGUUUGAACAAAUGCCAAUGAGAAACUUGAUAACUUGGAACACGAUGAUUCGCGGGUUUGCACAGAAUGGAAGAGCCAAAAACGCUCUUGAAGUGUUUGAUGAUAUGGUCCAGCAGGAUGAGAAGCCUGAUUAUAUUACCUUCAUAGGAGUUCUUUUCGCUUGCAGUCAUUCUGGUCUCGUUGAUCUAGGGAGGAAGCAUUUUGCAUCUAUGAUCCACGAAUAUAGAAUCAGACCCGGCAUUGAGCACUACAAUUGCAUGAUUGAUCUUCUGGGCCGUGCUGGGUUGAUAGAAGAAGCUGAAGAUUUGUUGGAGAAUGCAGACUGCAGAGACGAUUCGUCUCUUUGGAUAGUUCUUCUUGGAGCCUGUGCUACCAGUACUAACCUUGCUACAGCGGAGCGCAUUGCUAAGAGAACCAUGGAACUUAAGCCUGACUACCAUCUCAGUUAUGUUUAUCUGGCUAAUGUUUAUCGAUCUGUAGGGCGCUGGGAUGAUGCAGAUAACAUUAGGAGGUUAAUGGAGGACAGAGGGGUUAAAAAGGUUGCCGGGACAAGCUGGAGUUAG